AUGUGGAUUUUAAAUUUUGCGAUUAGUGCAAAAUCAGGAGAAGGGAGUAAUGGUGGUAAUACGGUGAUAAUGGGAGGCGGUGAUUUGGGAAUGAUAAGGAAGGAAUGGCGGGAGACUAGUCAAUCAAAGAAAAGGAAUAGACAGAAUAAGACUGUAACACCCAUAUCAUGUAUAAUUUCUUCUCCACCACCCAUUGAGACACUUGACGAUGUUAAAUCUAGGCCGGCGGCUCGUUCUGAUGCUAUUGCGGAUUUAGAAGCAUUCGUACUGAACGAAGUUACCAUAUUUUGUACUAGGCAUGACGCUUCCCUCCGAUCCUCCUCAGUCCAACAAGUCCGUCUCUCUGUCGACGGAUGA